AUGACGACCACGAGUAGCGGUGGCACCACCUCCUUCUCCGACCUACUUGCCGGAAUCGACUCGCCGGAGCGCAUACUCGGGCUGCCGGAGAACAGAUUCGGUCCCACUAGUAUGACGGCCGCCAGGCCUCCCUCUGAUCGCAACUCGGGCGUCGGCGUCCCCAGAUUCAAGUCCCUUCCACCACCAUCGAUCCCCAUCUCCCCUCCCGCUUUCUCUCCUUCCUCCUACCUCUCCAUCCCUGCGGGUCUGAGCCCCGCCGAGCUCCUCGACUCGCCCGUGUUGCUUUCUUCUUCCAACAUUUUGCCGUCCCCGACGACCGGGACCUUCCCGGCGCAGUGGUAUAAAUGGAGCAACCAUUCUUCCGCUCCAUCCUCGGCUGAAGGUGGUAGUUACCAGCAGCAAGGUGUGAAGGUGGAAGGGAAGAGCCUUCCGGAUUUCUCUUUCAUUCCCAACACUGCCGCGAGGACGUCCGGAUCCAUUUUCUCGUCGACCAUUUCCGCGAAGGAACCAGUACCGAGUCAGCAGCAAUCAUGGAAUUCUCAACUACCAAACAGGUCCUCAGAGUUGUCAGCAAACGCCUUCCAUGCGGCAAACAAUAGAGCAGAUACGAAGUAUAAUCCACCUAUUCAGACCAUUCCUUCAGAAAUUCCGACUCUACAGUCCAACUCAAGCAAUUUCCAGUCAAAUCCUGGAUUUCAGCAGAACUCAAACCAGAAUUCCCAGCCGAUUGAGACUCUGAAGGAGCAGAAAAGGUCUGAUGAUGGCUACAACUGGAGGAAAUACGGGCAGAAGCAGGUGAAAGGCAGUGAAAAUCCGCGUAGUUACUAUAAAUGCACGCACCCCAAUUGCCCAACAAAGAAAAAGGUUGAAAGGUCCCUGGAUGGCCAUGUGACCCAAAUCGUUUACAAGGGCACUCAUAAUCAUCCUAAGCCACAAUCAAGAAGAUCAUCGUCUGCGAACCCGAUGCAGCCUCACAGAGAUGCUUUCAAGGCCGAUACACCUGAAAAUUCAUUGGCAGAAACAUCUGAUCUUUCUUUCAUGAACCAUCUUGCUCAAGGAGAUCCUGCCGGAACUCCUGACAAUUCCUCUUUGUCGUUCGGAGACGAGGAAGUUGACCAGAGCAGAUCCGGUGGCGAUGAUUUGGACGACGACGAACCUGAAGCAAAACGCUGGAAAGCAGAGAACGAUAUCGAGGGUGUUUCUGCAUCUGCUAGUAAGACUGUUAGGGAGCCCAGAGUCGUGGUACAGACAACCAGCGAUAUCGAUAUCCUGGACGACGGCUACAGAUGGAGAAAGUAUGGACAAAAAGUAGUGAAGGGGAACCCAAAUCCAAGGAGCUACUACAAAUGUACAAGCGUAGGCUGUCCAGUAAGGAAGCAUGUAGAGAGGGCGUCACAUGAUCUGAGGUCAGUGAUCACAACAUAUGAAGGAAAGCACAACCACGACGUCCCCGCCGCGCGUGGUAGCGGGGCUUCUGCGUCAGCUGCUGCUGCUUCUGUUUCCCAUGGAGCAGCCACUGGUCUGCUAAUGAACGACUCCAGCAGCACAGGCAAUGGCAUAUACAGGCCUUCGCCCAUCGUCAAGCAUGCCAACCAUAUGACAAACAAUUCCAUGAUGGGAAGGAAACUGGAGGCUGAACAAGCUCCAUACACACUGCAGAUGUUGCAGCCACACGAACACAAUUACGCCCCACCGGGCUUCGGAAGGUCUGUAACUUCUUUCAUGAACCAGAUGAAUCACCACAGGGAUGGUGGAUUCCCAAAGGCUAAAGAGGAGCCCAGGGAUGAGUUGCUGAUAGAGGAUUCACUGUUGUGUUGA